GGGAGACCAGAUAUAGUGAAUGCAGGUCCCUGGGGAGACCAGAUAUAGUGAAUGCAGGGUCCGGGGAGACCGGAUAUAGUGAAUGCAGGGUCCGGGGAGACCAGAUAUAGUGAAUGCAGGGUCUGGGGAGACCGGAUAUAAUGAAUGCAGGGUCCGGGAGACCAGAUAUAGUGAAUGCAGGGUCCGGGGAGACCAGAUAUAGUGAAUGCAGGGUCAUAGGAGACCUUUAAAGGAUAUAGUGAAUGCAGGGUCCCGGGAGACCAGAUAUAGUGAAUCAAGGUCCCAGAGACCGGAUAUAGUGAAUGCAGGGUCCGGGAGACCACUUUUUAGUGAAUUCAAGGUAACAUACAAGACCAGACAUAGUGAAUGCGGGUCCAGGAAGGCAUUGAGAAAAAAAGAAGGCUACAGAUUGAUACAUCAAGAGCGAGGGGGGAAGGGGGGG